AUAAAUUUGAAUGACGUAAUUUUUGUGUGGAAUUGAUCUGUAAACGUCAUUAAAGUCGGAAAAAAAUUCAUAAUAUUUUAUAAAAAUGCUUCAAAAAGCAGUGUUUCUAAUCUUUUUCAUAGUCGUAAGUUGUAAUGGACUUUACUUCCAUAUUGGUGAGACAGAAAGGAAGUGUUUUAUUGAAGAAAUUCCUGAUGAAACAACGGUAAUUGUUAAUUAUAAGGUUGAAUUAUAUGAUCCACGAUCUGGUGGAUUCAUGCCUUCAUCACCUGGCAUUGGUAUGCAUGUAGAAGUCAAGGAUCCAGAUGACAAAAUGCUUUUAUCUAGAGUUUACAGCGCUGAAGGUCGUAUCUCAUUCACUAGUCACACGCCAGGCGAGCACGUAAUUUGUAUGUACUCAAAUUCAACAGCUUGGUUUAGUGGAUCACAACUUCGAGUUCAUCUUGACAUCCAAGUCGGUGAACAUGCAAUUGAUUAUGCUAACGUGGCACAGAAGGAGAAACUCACCGAACUUCAAUUGAGAAUCCGUCAAUUAUUGGAUCAAGUAGACCAAAUUACGAAAGAACAAAAUUAUCAACGUUAUCGCGAGGAAAGAUUCCGUCAAACGAGCGAAAGCACCAACAAACGUGUACUGUAUUGGUCAUUGGCACAAACAGCAGUUCUUCUUGUUAUGGGACUUUGGCAAAUGAAACAUCUCAAGUCAUUCUUUGAAGCUAAGAAACUCGUGUAAAUUAGAUUAAAUUAAUAAAACUGUUGAAUGUGGAUCUAUAAAGUAUGACUGAAAAAUCAAGAUUUGUGUGAUUUUAUAAGACGAGUAAUGUCAUUUGCAUACCUUUUUAUUGUUUCACAAAAAAGUCUUCAAUAGCAAAUGUCCAAGAAUUUUACUUAAAAUGCCUGUAAAGAAAAAUGAAAUCCAAUAAAGCAACUUUCAGUAUGUCAAGAAUCG